ACGAACCCAAACUACUGCCCAACAUAACUAAUAGCGAGGACUUGGAACACACAAGUCAUCAUAUCGUUUUCAGGAAAAUGGAUCGACCUAUCAGCGACGAGUACAGUGACUUUUCGCUUAUGGAACCAGAUCGCUUAGUCAAGAGAUAUAGGAUUAAGCGCUCGAUUAAUAGCAGAUCGAGACGCGAAGCACCGUACGUCAUUUACCCGGAAAUCCUUUGUAUUGUGGAUUACGAUGGGUACAGAUUGCACGGCGGCGAUAACGUGCAGAUAAAGAGAUACUUCGUGUCCUUUUGGAACGGAGUUGAUCUGAGGUACAAAUUACUGAAGGGGCCAAAAAUACGUAUCAGUAUAGCGGGAAUAAUUAUUUCACGUGGACGAGACGCGACACCGUAUUUAGAAAGGAAUCGCGUGGGAAGAGACGCAAUUGACUCGGCAGCCGCUCUGACAGACAUGGGCAAAUAUCUUUUCCGGGAGAGGAGACUUCCUGUAUACGACAUUGCCGUCGCUGUCACAAAGUAUGAUAUGUGCCGUCGUAGGAAAGGCGGCCGCUGCACUAAGGGAACUGCCGGAUUCGCAUACGUCGGCGGGGCGUGCGUCGUGAAUAAACGCCUUGAGAAGGUGAAUUCGGUCGCUAUCAUCGAAGAUACCGGUGGAUUCAGCGGUAUCAUCGUCGCUGCGCACGAGGUCGGCCACCUAUUGGGUGCCGUUCACGACGGUUCACCACCGCCUAGCUACCUGGGUGGACCAGGGGCAGAAAAAUGUCGAUGGGAAGACGGAUAUAUCAUGAGCGAUCUUAGGCACACCGAGAAGGGCUUCAAAUGGUCCCACUGCAGUGUGUCCUCCUUCCAUCAUUUUCUAAAUGGUGAUACAGCGACCUGCUUGUACAAUGCGCCUCACGAAGACGAGGCGCUGCCAAGAGUUCUUCCGGGCAAACUCCUAUCCUUAGAUGCGCAAUGUCGGAAAGAUCGUGGAACAAGCGCUUGUUUCAAAGACGAUCGAGUUUGCGCUCAGCUAUUCUGCUUCGACGCCGGAUCCGGAUACUGCGUCGCGUAUCGCCCAGCAGCGGAAGGAUCGCCGUGCGGAGAUGGUCAGUACUGCCUGAACGGGAAGUGCGUCGCGGAGCACGAGAACAUAAUACCGGAUUAUACGCAGAACAUUCCGACGUAUGUACGCCGGGAUAGCAUAUUCAAUUCUGCAAUACACACCCGGCCGAUAUUCGCUCAUUACAACAACACAGAUUACAGGUAUCCAUGGGAAGCAACACAGAGCAUACCAUUAUCGAGCAUAACCCCGUCGACACCGACGACGACGGCGACGAUAAGGACGUCGACUUAUCCCUACAAACACGUCACAAAUCUGUUCGCAACGACAGUGUCAAAAUAUACGCGGACAAUUAUCAAUAACUUAUAUACCGAUCAAUACAAGACUAGAUACAAUAAUAAUAAUAGUAACAAUAGUAAUAGCGGUACUGGUGGCGGCUUCAGCACUACCACCAGAAGAAGCAAUUUUUUCAACUCGUAUUACACCGUCAGUACCACUCCAAAGGUUACUUACGGUCCAAAAGUUAAUCCGUUCAAGUAUAAGAACACGGUGAUAUCGUUUUCCACGACGACCAAAGGAUAUCAGAACGGCCUUCGAAAUGACGGCCGCGAAACAGAGGCCGGUGAAUGCACGGACGUGGGAUCAGAUUGCGCGGAGCUGAUUGACAGGCUAAGAACAUGGCUGUGCCAUCUACAAUCUGUGAAGAGUCGCUGCUGCGCGUCCCUGAAGACGAUCUGUGCUGACUAAAUAAUGACACUAAGGACAAAAAAUCAGAAAGAAAAAGAAAAAUCAAUUUGAUAGUUUACUUGAAGACGUCGCGCUUAGACGCCCGCCACGGAUGACGAUUUUAUUAGGCGCCCUAUCGCUUCUCGCCGUCGUAACGCAGCAUCCGGAAAAGCGCCGCAUCGGAAGGAGUUCGGGAAAGAUCUUUCGCGCUCGUCAACUCUUUCUCUUUCUCUUUCCUUUUUUUUUUCGCGGAUAGACGAGAAAAUCUACGUUAGAUCCUCGUGCGGUUCCUCGAUCGCGAUAAUCACAUUGGACUCUUAUAGUUGUAGCUGCGUGUCUCUCGCAUACUUCCAGACGUAAUUUUCACAGUACCAAUUUUUUUUCGGUACCAAGAUUGUACCGAACAAUGUAGUGAAUCUCUAAAAAGGAAUAGAUUGUCAAUCGGUACGAUAGAGAUUUCGGCUGCGUUCAUAUUUAUUCAAUAAGAAGCGAUCUCGCGAAAGACUCGUUACACAGGCACAGGUGCGUCGUGCGUAUAUUUUUCGCGAGCGUAAAAACGCGCGUGUGCGCGCGCAUAUGAAAGCCAUUCGGAAUUUACGGAAAUUGUAUAGCGCAAGACAAUAAAUGG